AUGCAAUUAGAUUCAAUUACUUUGAUUUUAUUAGCUUCAUCAAUAGUUAAUGGAUUAUUUUUACCAAAAAUUUCAAUUCCAUCAAUUGCUUUACCAACAAAAAUUGGUCCUGUUGCUAUUCCAACUUCAUUACCAAUAAUUGGUGCAAUUCCAACUGCUAUUCCAACUGCUUUACCAGUUGCAGUACCAACUGCUAUUCCAACAUCAGUACCAACUAAUAUUCCAAUUAUUGGAGGUAUCAUCAAUAACGCAAUUAAUGGAGAAAUUCCAAAAUUACCAACAGAUUUCCCAAUAAUUCCAUUACCAACUUCUAUUCCUCAAAUACCUGGUUUACCAACUUUAGAAGAUAUUAAAAAAUUAUCAAAAGAUCAAUUAAAUAAAGAAUUACAAGCUGGUUCACAAUUAGCUUUUUCUAUAUUAAAUUUAUUAGGAUUUGAUGCUAAUUCAUUAAUAAAAGGUAAUUUAAAUGGUGGUUCUAUUUCUGGAUCAGUUAGUGGAUCAAUUGGACCAAUUAAUGGUGCUGUUGGUGGUGGUGUUUCUGUUGGUUCUUCAAGUAAAAGAGAAGAAAAUGAAGUUUUAGUUGAUAAAAGAGGUAAUGUUCAAGUUUCUUUUAAUUAUGCUACUGCUAUUGCUUUUUCAAUUUUACAAAAAUAUGGAUUUUCAUUUAAUGGAAUUGCUCAAGCUCAAGGUUCAGUCAAUUAA